AUGUAUGUGGAUAACUUGAUCAUCACUGGAGAUGAUGACGGUGAGAUUGAAAGGACAAGAGAGAACAUGUCCGUGCGAUUCCAAAUGAAGGAACUUGGAGAACUGAAGCAUUUUCUUAGGCCGGAGAUUGACCGAAGCAACAAAGGCAUAUUCCUCUAUCAGCAGAAGUAUGCCAAAGACCUAUUAAAGAAAUAUGGGAUGCUCAAAUGCAAGCCAAUUGCCACACCUAUUGAGGCUAACGCCAGGCUAUGUUCGGAAGAAGGAAAAGACUUGGAAGAUACAACUAUGUAUCGACAAAUAGUUGAUCUUGGUCUAUUAUACAAGAAAGGUGGAGCAUGCAAGAUAGUUGGGUACUGCGAUGCUGACGAUGGUGGUGAUCAUGACACACGACGAUCAACUACUGGAUACGUAUUCAACCUUGACUCAGGAGCAAUCUCUUGGUGUAGUAAGAGACAACCUACAGUAUCUUUAUCAACCACGGAGGCUGAAUACAGAGCAAUAGCGAUGGCAGCACAAGCAAGCACAUAG